AUGUCGCACGAGCUCUACGUCGAAGGCAACAAGGUGACCGAGACGGACCCGUCGGGCUACAUCCAGUCGGAGAAGGACUACACCCGCGUCCAGGCUGGCUACAAAGCCGUCGCUCACAACCCUGCCAUGGCCUCUUCCACUCGCGAGGAAGCCGAACGCACCCUCUCGGAACUCGAGCAAGCCCAUGCCGACUCUGAGCAGACGGGCGAGGAACAGGGUCCUGUCAAGACUGCUACGAAGAACAAGGGCGGGUCGUCGGCGGCGGCGGAUGAGUAG